AUGGAAGCCCUAAAAAUAGGAAAAGUCAACUGGCAACCCAAACUAAAUAAAGCUGCACACCACACCUCUGAUUACAGCAGCACAGAAGUAAUCUUGAGGAGAGGGCAGCCCUUCAACAUCUCUCUGAACCUCAAAACAACAGCACAAUCUUGGGACAACUUCACCUUUAUUGCAAGCACAGGACCAUCUCCAGCAGAAUCCCAGCAGACCAAGGCCAUAUUUUCCCUUUCUGAGGAGGGUGCCAGUGGCUGGAGUGCAACCCAAGAGCCCAGUGAGCCUCGCUGCCUGAACUUCACCAUCCUCAGCCCAGCCGAUGCUGUCAUCGGACGAUACAAACUCCAGCUCCAGCUCCUUGCUGGGAACAAGAUCUCCUCCAAAGUCCUGGGCCAGUUUGUGCUGCUUUUCAACCCCUGGUGUCCAGAUGAUGAUGUCUACAUGGCUGAUGAAAAGGAGCGGCAGGAGUAUGUUCUGAAUGACAGUGGAAUCAUAUUUCAGGGAGUGGAGAAAGAUAUUCAAGAAGAAGCUUGGAACUAUGGACAGUUUGAAGAGGACAUCCUUGAUAUCUCCCUGGCUAUUCUGGAUCGGAGCCUGAACCACCGCGAGGAGCCAGCUGUGGAUGUCUCCCAGCGGAGCAGCCCUGUCUAUGUGAGCAGGGUUAUCAGUGCCAUGGUUAACAGCAACGAUGAGAAAGGAGUAGUGGAGGGGAAGUGGAGCGGGAAGUUCCGCUCGGGAACAAACCCCCUGCGCUGGAGCGGGAGCGUGACCAUCCUUCGGAAGUGGUACCGGGCCAGGUACCGACCCGUGCGCUACGGCCAGUGCUGGGUCUUUGCAGGAGUCACCUGCACAGUAUUGAGAUGCUUGGGAAUACCUACUCGUGUUAUUACGAACUUCAACUCUGCCCACGACAAGAACCUAAAUCUGAGCAUUGAUAAGUACAUUGACGUGUCUGGAAACAACUUGCAUUUGAGUGAAGACAGUGUGUGGAAUUUCCAUGUCUGGAAUGAAAGCUGGUUUAUUAGAAGAGACCUCGGCUCUUUUUAUGAUGGAUGGCAGGUUCUGGAUGCAACCCCCCAGGAAAAAAGCAAAGGCAUCUAUCAGUGUGGUCCUGCCUCCACCAGAGCCAUUAAAGAAGGGGAUGUGAACCUGGAUUAUGACAGCCCAUUUGUGUUUGCAGCAGUGAAUGCUGACUGUGUUACUUGGAUUCGCUAUAGCAAGAAAAGAAAAGAGAGAAUUUAUUCUGAUACCAGGAAGAUUGGGAAAUUUAUCAGCACCAAAGCAGUGGGCACCAACUCCCGUGUGGAUGUCACUGCCAAUUACAAAUACCCAGAAGGAUCCUCAAAAGAAAGGCAGGUGUACAAGAAGGCACUGAACCUGCUUGGUGUGAGAAGACCUGGAAAAAGAACCAAAGUUCCAAGACCCAGAAGACGAUUUUCAAGGGCACAGCCUGCAGAAACCCCCGGCAUCUCGGGGAAGCUGCUCCUUGAUGCAUCUCCUGUGAUUGGCCAGGACAUCCUCCUUACCCUGACACUCAGAAACUCGACCUCAGAUUUUAAGACCAUAAAGGUUAAACUGAAGGCUUCAGCCAUUCUCUACACCAGAAAACCCAAGGCAGAGAUUUUGCAGUUGCAUAGGUCUGUUAAACUUGGAUCUGAGGAAGUGAAAGAGAUUUCUUUCAAGAUCUCCUAUUCCCAGUACAAAAACUCUCUGAUGGAUGACAGGAAGAUCCUAGUGACUGCUGUGUGUCAACUCAAACAGGGAGCCUCACUUCUAGUUGAGAAGGAUAUUGUACUCCAGGAUCCUUUUCUCACCAUCAAGGUCCUGGGUGCAGCUGUGGUGCACAAGCCUGUCAGCGUGGAGGUGACAUUUACCAACCCUCUGUCUGAGGAGGUGACAGACUGUGUCCUGAGAGCUGAAGGCAGUGGCCUGCUCAAAGAGCAGCUCCGAAUCCAUGUGGAAAGAAUGGCCCCCAUGGAGACUUCAACAGUGGAAUUUGAAAUCAUUCCCUACAGGAGUGGCACCAGGCAGCUUCAGGUGGACUUGGUUUGCACCCACUUUUCAGACAUUAAGGGAUUUGUGAUGCUCCAUGUGGCUCCUGCUCAGUGA